AUGGCAAGAUCUCCGCAUUCCGCCGCGUCGCGACGAAGGAAGCGUGACUCCACCACGCAGUCGGUCGACUUUUUGAACACCGUGAUGCACAAGACCUUUCCCUCCGAAUCGAACAUCAACUCUCCGAAUACUCCUACACGCCGCUCACGUCGCAUCACUCUAGCACAGAUCCGACCGUCUCGUGAGGACCUGUGGGAGAUUCCGCGAUCUCCUGAAUUGGCCCCGGCGUCGGAGCCCCGACGCCGACUCCCAGCGAAACUCCCCACCGCGCAACCAUCGUGGAAAAAUCGACUGCGAGGCACUGAAGUGCCUGAAUAUGGCAGCGAAGUGCUUACGUCCGGGACGAAAGGGCAGCGCAAUGGCGGGGUUGCGGAAAGCGAUAGCGGGGAAGGAAGUGAGGAUGCUUACGACAAUGCUGAGGAAGACGAAGAUGCGAAUGUUCUUGCAGACAUUGGCGACGAGGAAGCCCAUAGGUCCGAUGAUGACACCGAGAUGAUUGAUGUCCAAGAGGAGAGAUCCAUGGAAGACGAUCCACCUCAGUUGAAUCUUUUCUCUGACAAUGAUCAAGAGCUUGGACCUGCACAGCAUACUUCCCGUUCGUCGUCCGUGGCAGAUGACGAUGAGUCGCAGCUACAAUCAGUGAAAGGACUGGCGACGCCGAGUAGUGCUCACUCACAUCAAGCCGAAGACAUGGAUCCUUCUGGGGAUGAGCAAGAGCAUUCUUCUGAAGCAUCGGACAGCAGCCAGCGCCAAUCCACAAACAUGCCUGAUGAAACCCGUGAAGAAUCCGCAGACGAUGCACACAGCCCCACCGAUUCAAGUGAAAGCCGCAAUGACUCGGGCGACUCUGGCGUGCAUUCUGCUGAGGCCGAACCGUCCCCGGUUGCAACCCCAAGAAAACGGAGACGGACCGCUGUCCCGUCCCGUCAACAGGCAGAUGUAGCGCAGCCGACUCCUGGAUCACCACAUCCGAGACGCACCGAUUCUCACGUUGAUCAACAUCCGCAGAAUGAAUCGAAUGAAGAUAGCAGUUCCAGACAGAGCUCGGACGAGGAAUCGGAUUCCCUAGCGGACAGCCCGUGGUUCUUGAAAGCGUCCGAGGCGGAUGGCCAAAAGGAAAGUUGGAAGGCUAUCAUCAGGCAAGGUCGGAAAUCGACACGACUGAGUCAGUCAUACAGAACUACUGAGCUCGACUCGGUCCGAAAACCGAUCUGGUCGAUGAUCGCGCUCUACAACAACCUCGUAGAACGCUCCGAGGGUGGCGAAGGGCCUUCGGACAAUGAAGUCUCACGUUGCGGUCGACUCCUGAGGAAGGCCAACGAGAAGCACGAAAAGCUGCUCCAGAAGGUUUUCAAUCUGGGCAAGGCAGGUAGUACCCGGGCGGACAAGAAGCAGGGCGUGGCCCUGGUGCGGGCCUUCUACAGAGAGAUAAUCCGCCCUAUGGCGCGGGUUGUGUUUCUCUGCUAUGAGAUCUACCACAUACACGAGAAUCUCUUCAGUGAGGCGUAUGGUAACCUCCGUGAUCACCUGACUACGCUUUCCGAGUGGGCUCAGUGGGUUGACUCGAUCUCUGGCUAUUUGGGCGAUGAACCGAGCUGCGUUGAGUCGGGCCUUCGUCGCGCCCUAGAAAAGCUCAUCCAGGCCAUGAAUUAUGGCCUAUUGAAGAAAGCGUCACGACACAACCCCCCCGCGAAAAAGAAAGGGCCGCCACGGGGGAAUCUGAACCCAUGGACGCAGGACGAAGAGGAUGCUCUUCGCCAGGGAUUGCAGGACUAUCCCGAAAAAUCGAGCAACCGGUAUAAGUUAAUCAUGGGUGAAUUUCGGCGACGGCUCCCAAAGCGCGGGAUCAUUGACCUCCGCAAGAAAGCUCAAGAACUGUAUGAAAAGUACAUGUCGGAGAUCGGAGAGGAGUUGACGACGGAGGAGGGCCGGAACAAAUGGGAGUGGGUGACAAACAUCCCAGGUUCGCGGUAA